AUGUGGAGAGAUCGGACGAAUCUUUAUAUCUCCUAUCGCCAGUCAUAUUCCCACCACCCCUCUAAGAAACCGCGAUUCCCAUCCGCCACAAACGGCUAUGCCGACCAGGCAUCAGAGGAGACCAGAGGUCUCAUGUCCACGGGGGCAUACGAGAAUGACGGCGAUGCAGUCAUAGAGAUGGACUUGCUUCCUCCCCGCUGGAUUGAUGUUCAAGAUGAGGUCGGUGAUAUUCUCAAGGACAUCACACUCAAAGCUGCAAAGUUGGAGAAGCUGCAUUCCAAACAUGUCCUUCCCGGGUUCGACGACGAGUCGGUCAAGCUGCAGGAGGAGCGCGAAAUAGAACAAUUGACGACGCAGAUUACGAGAGGCUUUCAAGAAUGUCAAAAAGCCAUCAAGCGCAUCGAGAGUAUGGUCAAGGAGGCCAGGGAGACAGGCAACCUUCAAAAAGGGGACGAGAUCAUGGCAAAGAAUAUCCAAGUCGCUUUGGCAUCCAGAGUACAGGAAGUCAGCGCCACGUUCAGGAAGAAACAAAGCACUUACCUCAACAAACUCCGUCAACUGGGUGGCUUCGAAUCACCAGUUGGUCGUUCUUCAACUCCAAUACCCGUUCAAAACCCGUACUCUGACCCGGCCCUACUCGAGUCUGACGCCGACAAGCGACUAGGACAAUCGGCGCUACAACAAACAGCACAGAAACGACUGCAUAGAAACGAUACUGCCAUUGCACAACGGGAACAAGAAAUUAACGACAUCGCCAAGGGUAUCAUUGAGCUGGCCGAUAUCUUCCGCGACUUACAAGCAAUGGUCAUCGACCAGGGCACCAUGCUCGACCGCAUUGACUACAAUGUGGAACGGAUGGCUACAGAUGUCAAAGGAGCGGAGAAGGAGCUCAUAGUUGCCACCAAUUACCAGCGACGCAACACCAAACGCAAAAUCCUCUUGUUGUUAUUGCUUCUUGUUAUUGGCAUGUUUGUCCUCCUAUUGAUCAAACCGAAGAAGCGAGCUCAGCCACUACCACCUCCUGCAUCUCCUGCGAACCCAGACAGUCCUCCUUGA